GAAACGUCUGUGCACUAAGGUAGCGGACGGACGCCCGGUGUCCGCGUCACUGACGCACUGCGAUAACAUGAUAGAUGACGUCACUGACCAAUUCAAACAUAAAGAAGGUAGAUUACUCGCCAUUCCUGUAAAGGCUGUAUCAUAUAUUGACCACGUGACAGAGGCGGCUAUGUUGAAAGUGUCGAUACUGAUGCGUGACACGCAACGUGACAACCUGUAUGUCGCCCAGGAAACGUUCCGAUUGAGAACCCCGGAUUUAAACAUCAAAUGUUACAACAGCAGUUGCCAAGUGGACAGGGAGGUCACCCUGCGUAUGAGCUUUUCAAACCCAUUGGAUCAACCCCUUACCCAAAGUUACCUCUACGUUGAGAGCGCAGGUGCAGAUGAUCCACGCCUACUGCCCGUGAGGAGCACGCCUGCUGCGUGUGAAAUGACAUGCGACGUAGAACUGACGUUUCAACGAAAGGGACGUCACUUAAUUUACGCGAACUUCUUCUGCAAAGACCUUCACAACGCCAAGGGUGUCUUUGAAGUUUAUGUGCAGUAAUGAACAUCCACAAACUCCAAUCCUCAAAUUGACUUCUUUCUUGUAUGUUUCAAGAAAUAUGGAAAUACAUUUUAUUUAUGUAAUAUUCCAAUGAAUGGACUUUCGAUUGUUAACGACGUUCGUGUAGAGGUUCAAUAUGGAAUCUCAAAGUGUUUCAAUGUUUCGUUUACCGAGCUUCAGAAAGCAUAAUUUACCGAAAUAGUUAAAAGAAAGAUAGGAAGUCAUAUAUAAAGUUAAGACAUAUAUAUAUAAUUAAUAGACACAUUUCAAUUGCUUACAAAUCCAGGACGAGUUCAUUAACAGUACGUAUAUACAGAGACGUAGAUAACAUCUACGUCUCUGGUAUAUAGCAGUCAUUUUUGGAAGUAUCGUAGUUGCUUCAGGCCCGGGGGAAGGACAAUCUAUGGCCAGAGACGUAGAUGUUAUGGCAUACGCAUUUAUUAUGCAUUUAUUGUGCAUUUAGAUAUUUACAGAGUUUAACGCCGAUGCGAUUUUAUGAAUGAAGCGCUAUUGAUGCAUUGAGGAAUAUGAAGGAUACAUAUAAAGUAAAGGAACAAAUAAUAUGUUUAACAAAUACGUUAAAGUACGUUGACACAUGAGCACAUGAUUGUCACACUUGUAUAGUAAAAUUUUCUAAAACUUGCUCGGAACA